ACUUCGCCGACGUGUCCCAAUUAUCAGUGUGUAAAAAACAUGAGUUUCUACGCUAGUAUGGUGGUGCAUAACAAAACCACUUAUUUAAGAGACCCCAAUCAGCAUGGUCGUUGGAUAGACGUGGGCUCAAAGAGAUACGUCUUUAGUCUGUCAGCAAAUAAGAAGAAUUUCACUGAGUCUCUGUCCGCAUGCUGCUCCAUUGGAAUGAAGCUAAUCAGUCUGCAUCAGGAUUUCCUGUUUGACACUUUAAUUAAUGCUUCAUCAGCUUUAAACGAGACGAGAAACAACGUGUUCUGGACUUCGGCAACGGAUGCGGGGUGUGCUGGGUACCUAGGCUACUGCUCUACAAACCAUCUCAUUCGAAAUGAAGCAAAGUGGGCCUCUGGUCAACCUGAUAACACUAACGGAACCAAACACUGCGUUGCCGUGGAAGUUACUCAAAGUUCAUCUUAUCUUUUCAUGGAGGACUGUAACAAAAAUUUGCAAUACGCUUGUGAGGGACGCAGCAAAAUGGGUUCCCUUUCGGGAAUAGUAGAGGAAGAGUGUCGCAUACCUUACCGCUUAUCCAAAGAAGAAACGAAUAAAUCGCUUUCUAGCCAGCCGCAGAGUAUGAAUGAAAAGUGCUUUAUCAAAUGUUUUGGCGAAGGAAUGGGACUGUACGUAAAUGGCAAGCUUAAGGAGGAACUUAUUUACGCGCAAAUUCCAAUAAUUGCUGCAAAUGACGAUCAAAAGUUAAUGGAAUCAUACACAGUGAUGGAGAUGUGCACCAACAUGACAAAGGGGAUGGAUGAGUGCAAUCAAGCAGCCGAGCUGCUCAAAUGUGGCCAGGAAAAUGCUCCAGUGGCGCUUGCUUCUCUUAUGAACAAUUUGGAAGCCCUCGCGAUUGAAUUUCCGGUACCUCUACCGUCCUCUACAGCUGUUUGUCCAAAUAAUUACAUAUGCAAUGUCAAUGAGGAACUCAAAAUCAGUUUUGAUUUGAAAAAAGACGGCGAUGUAUUGAUUACAAAUUUUGGCAGUGGAACAGUUAAGCACAUAUGCAACAAAAAAUAUUAUAUAGUGGAUUUUCCUCAAAUAACAACAAUUAUCAACGCACUUGAGAAUUGUUGCUUAUUGGGACUGCGACUUGCAACUAUUGAUACAAAAUCAGAGCAUGAUUGCUUGGUUGCUAACAAUAUAACAACUAGUAGCAAUCUAGUUGCAGCCUCUAUGCUUGGAAACAUAGGCCACCCGAUAUGGUGCUUUUCCGACAAACCCUUUAAUGCCACGUGGUUCAAUACAGAUUUGGUGACGAGCGAACCCAAUCCUGCAAGGUUCACAGUCAAUUUAGCUUUAAAUCAGCGAAAUUCAAUCGCUAGAAGUUGGUCGGAUGAUCUAGCACGAGCAAUUUGUCAGUCUGUUUAG